UCUUACUUGGAGCUUGAGUUCUGUUUAUUUUGGGCCCACUUCCUAGGCAUCCAAAUCCUCUUCAAUGGCUGCUUACCUCCUUGCUGUCAUCUGUAAUUCUGCUUCCCCGACUUAGGUCAAACAAUAUUAAAUGGUGGCCGUUGAGCUGCAUCACUGGAUUGGACCACAACCUCAUCAUCUGUGUAAACAAGAAAACAAUUGAAGUACUGAUGCUAUUAAAUGCUAGUUCCAAUGCCAAGCUUAGUCCCCACGAGAGUUUUUGUUCCAGAGGGAGCUUGAGGAAAGACGGGGCCGAAAAAAGAGACCUAAGCCUUCCACAAUGGAAGAGGAGAUAGUGGAGGAGCACACCAAGCUGAAGCAGGGCAUGGUGAAGGUGCUGCAGUGCGUAGCCGCCAUCUCGUCAGCGGCAGCUGUGGUCAACCCUAUCUUCGGCUUGGCGGGCUCGCUAAUGCGCGUGGUCCUGCACCACAUCGACGACGAGGACAUCCGCACGCUCAAGCGCGAGUUCGGUUCCGUCAACCGGGCGCUGGGCGAGCUCUCGCGCGAGAAUAGUCAGGUCCUGGUGGCUAUUCAGAAGGAGGCGCUGAAUAGCCAGUACGCCUCGGUGGAGGAGAACCUCAAGAGGCAGUUCCGCAAGUUCAUGGAUCUGGUGGAGGCUCGGCCUGAGCACAGCAAGCGCAAGAAGGAAGACUUUGCCCGCAGCUACGAUGACGACCUUGGCGACCAGAACCUGCACACGCUCUACGGCGGUGUGGUCGGGGAGACCAAACUCUUCAGCCGGCCCAUCCUGGAGGUGUUCCUGAAGCAUUCGGGUGGCGAUCGUCGGGCCAUGGAGCGCCUGUGCACACGCCUCACUUACUUGUUCUGCAUCGGCCUGAUUGCCCUGAUGGGCUACGCCGCCGUCAUUGGCGACGACGAUGCCGGCCUGAGCGAGGAGUGGGCCGAGAAGAUGGAGAACGUGCAGGACAAGAUGCAGCAGGCGCUGCGUAUGUGCCGCUGA